GAGGAGGGCGAAGACUCCAUCCGCCAUGUUGGAUGCCGCAGAUUCGCCAUAACCUCGCCGGCUCUUUUCUUAAAAAAAUAAAAAUAACAGCGAAGCGUCAGCGGGGCGCCUAGCUUUCUCGGUCGGCGAGGGGAGGGCCCCGGAAGAGCUCGAGGCUUUUUUUUUCUUCCGCGGUGGGGGCGUUGCCAUGGAGACGCGGGCGGCAGAAAACACGGCCAUCUUCAUGUGUAAAUGUUGUAACCUUUUCUCACCAAGUCAGUCGGAACUCCUCUCCCACGUUUCUGAGAAGCACACAGAAGAAGGGGUCAAUGUUGAUGAGAUCAUUAUUCCCCUUAGGCCUCUGAGUACUCCUGAACCCCCCAACCCAAGCAAAACUGGAGAUGAGUUUUUGGUCAUGAAGAGGAAGAGAGGCAGGCCUAAGGGGUCCACAAAGAAGCCCAGUGCUGAAGAAGAGCUGGCGGAAAAUACCGUGGGCCCAGCUGAGGACAGUCUACUGGCUUCUGAGGAGGGGAGCAGCCUGGCUCCGAGCAGUCUGGAGUGCAGCAAGUGCUGUCGGAAGUUCUCCAACACGCGUCAACUGCGGAAGCACAUCUGCAUCAUCGUGCUGAAUUUGGGCGAGGAGGAAGGAGAAGCAGGUAACGAGUCUGACCUUGAACUAGAAAAGAAGUGUAAGGAAGAUGAUCGAGAAAAGGUCCCGAAAAGACCCCGGACACAGAAGACAGAGAAAGUCCAGAAGAUCUCCUCAGGAAAGGAGGCCGGGCAGCUUUCCGGGGUGAAGAAACCCAUCAUCAGUGUGGUUUUAACGGCACACGAAGCUAUCCCAGGUGCUACCAAGAUUGUUCCAGUGGAGGCUGGACCCCCUGAAACAGGAGCUACCAAUCCCGAGACCACCUCGGCAGACCUGGUACCUCGCAGAGGGUACCAGGAAUACGCCAUUCAGCAGACACCAUACGAGCAACCAAUGAAGUCCAGCAGGCUGGGUCCCACUCAGCUCAAAAUCUUCACGUGUGAAUACUGCAACAAAGUCUUCAAGUUCAAGCACUCACUGCAGGCCCACCUGAGGAUUCACACCAACGAGAAGCCAUACAAGUGCCCCCAGUGCAGCUACGCCAGCGCCAUCAAGGCCAACCUCAACGUACACUUGCGCAAGCACACCGGCGAGAAGUUCGCCUGCGACUACUGCUCGUUCACGUGCCUGAGCAAGGGCCAUCUCAAGGUGCACAUCGAGCGGGUGCACAAGAAGAUCAAGCAGCACUGCCGCUUCUGCAAGAAGAAGUACUCGGACGUCAAGAACCUCAUCAAGCACAUCCGCGAUGCACACGACCCACAGGACAAGAAGGUCCAGGAGGCCUUGGACGAGCUCUGCCUGAUGACCAGGGAGGGCAAGCGGCAGCUGCUCUACGACUGCCACAUCUGCGAGCGCAAGUUCAAGAACGAGCUGGACCGCGACCGCCACAUGCUGGUCCAUGGCGACAAGUGGCCCUUUGCUUGCGAGCUCUGCGGCCACGGGGCCACCAAGUACCAGGCGCUGGAGCUACACGUAAGGAAGCACCCCUUCGUGUACGUCUGUGCCAUAUGCCUCAAGAAGUUCGUCAGCUCCAUCAGGCUGCGCUCCCACAUCAAGGAGGCACAUGGGGCUGCCCAGGAGACCUUGGUCUUCACCAGCUCCAUCAACCAGAGCUUCUGCCUCCUGGAGCCUGGCGGGGACAUCCAGCAAGAAGCCCUGGGGGACCAGCUGCAGCUGGCGGAAGAGGAGUUUGCGUUCCAGGAAGCAAACGCACUCAAGGAGGAGGUCGGCCCCAGGGACGCCCAGCCUGAGAAGGGACGGAAGGAGUUGGAGGCCCCUGGGGAACUGCCUGCCCCACCUGUGCCCCUGGCCUCCCCCCAGGCUGAAAGUGCAGCCCUGCCACCCUGCGAGUUAGAAACCACUGUGGUCUCCUCAGAACUGCAUUCUCAGGCAGUGGUUUCGGAUGACUUUUUGUUGAAAAACGAUAGCUCCUCCACGGAGGCUCACGCCGCUCCUGAGAAGCCCUCGGACACCCAGCAAGGGGCUUCAGUCCAGACUCAAGGGGACGUAAUCACGCUAUUGCUGCCCAAGGCCCAAAGCACUGCACCAAGCCAGGGGAGCCAGGGUGCCGAGAGCUCCCCACGGGAAGGGCAGAAAGAGACUGCCCUUCCAGCCAGUGACCCAGAUCCCAGCAGGUGUCUCAGGUCAGACCCAGCUGAGGCCUCAGACCUCCUUCCUCCAGUAGCCAGUGGUGGUGACAUCGUCACACACCAGCCUGACUCUUGCAAACCUGCCCUGGAGCACCGGCCUGGCAUCACUGCAUUCAUGAAGGUCCUGGACAGUUUACAGAAGAAACAGAUGAACACCGGCUUAUGUGAGAGGAUCCGGAAGGUGUACGGAGACCUAGAGUGUGAAUACUGUGGCAAACUUUUUUGGUACCAAGUGCAUUUUGAUAUGCAUGUCCGCACCCACACCCGGGAACAUCUGUAUUAUUGCUCCCAGUGUCAUUAUUCUUCCAUCACCAAAAACUGCCUUAAACGCCAUGUAAUUCAGAAACACAGUAACAUCUUGCUGAAGUGUCCCACUGACGGCUGUGACUACUCGACUCCAGAUAAAUAUAAACUCCAGGCACAUCUUAAAGUUCACACAGCGCUGGACAAAAGGAGUUAUUCUUGUCCUGUGUGUGAAAAGUCUUUUUCAGAAGAUCGAUUGAUAAAGUCACAUAUCAAGACCAACCAUCCUGAGGUCUCCAUGAGCACCAUUUCCGAGGUUCUAGGGAGGAGGGUUCAGCUGAAAGGGCUGAUUGGAAAGAGAGCCAUGAAGUGCCCAUACUGUGAUUUCUAUUUCAUGAAGAAUGGCUCCGACCUUCAGCGUCAUAUCUGGGCUCAUGAAGGUGUGAAACCCUUCAAAUGUUCUUUGUGUGAGUACGCAACACGUAGCAAGAGUAACCUCAAGGCGCACAUGAAUCGUCACAGCACAGAGAAAACCCACCUAUGUGACAUGUGUGGCAAGAAGUUCAAAUCCAAAGGAACAUUGAAAAGUCACAAGCUCCUUCACACUGCUGAUGGGAAGCAGUUUAAGUGCACGGUGUGUGACUACACGGCGGCCCAGAAGCCACAGCUGCUGCGGCACAUGGAGCAGCAUGUCUCCUUCAAGCCCUUCCGCUGUGCCCACUGCCAUUACUCCUGCAACAUCUCUGGCUCUCUGAAGCGGCACUACAACCGGAAGCACCCCAAUGAAGAGUAUGCCAACGUGGGCACAGGGGAGCUGGCAGCGGAGGUGCUCAUUCAGCAAGGUGGUUUGAAGUGUCCUGUUUGCAGCUUCGUAUAUGGUACCAAAUGGGAGUUCAACAGGCACUUGAAGAACAAACAUGGCUUGAAGGUGGUGGAGAUUGAUGGAGACCCCAAGUGGGAGACAGCAACAGAAGCUCCUGAGGAACCCUCCACCCAGUAUCUCCAUAUCACAGAGGCCGAAGAAGACGUUCAAGGGACACAGGCAGCUGUGGCCGCGCUCCAGGACCUGAGAUACACCUCCGAGAGCGGUGACCGACUAGACCCCACAGCUGUAAACAUCCUGCAGCAGAUCAUUGAGCUGGGCACUGAGACCCAUGAUGCCACUGCCCUUGCCUCGGUGGUUGCCAUGGCACCGGGGACAGUGACUGUGGUCAAACAGGUCACCGAUGAGGAGCCCAGCGCCAACCACACGGUCAUGAUCCAGGAGACCCUCCAGCAAGCCUCCGUGGAGCUGGCCGAGCAGCACCACCUGGUGGUGUCCUCCGACGACGUGGAGGGCAUCGAGACGGUGACCGUCUACACGCAGGGCGGGGAGGCGUCGGAGUUCAUCGUCUAUGUGCAGGAGGCCAUGCAGCCCGUGGAGGAGCAGGCUGUGGAACAGACAGCCCAGGAACUCUAAGGGACACGCAGUCUCGGACGGCCUGGAAAGGACAGGGCCGCCCGGCUCUGCGGGCACCCAGGCGGGGAGGCCAUGGGGCCACCCGGCCCGUGGAAUGGGCUCUCCUCUGCCCUUCCUGCCCUGCAACCUGAUGGGACUCUCCUCUUUCUGCUCCGGGUAGGCAAGGCAGUCGGCAUCACCAGCAACACAGGACCCCAUCCCCAGUGUAGACACAUACCCCCUCACCCUGUAGUCAUCCUUCCAGAAAGCUCCCCCGCACAUGCCCCCACCACAUCACCCCUUGCUUUAAGAUGCAGACAGAGACUUCCAGUCCCCAUCAGCAUCUUCUCUGAAUCACAGCCCCCUGCUCCUCCACCCCAUCUAGGUGCCGAAUCUUCAUCUGGGACCGCCGUGCAGUCGGGCGAGAGGGAGACAGCCAUCACAGAGAAAGUGACCUUAUGGGUUUUUAAUCACCGCUGGGCGGGGUGGAGGGGGAGAGUUUUCCUGGCUUUAUCUACAAAGUCCCACCUCCCUGAGUAUCAAAGGUGCUUAGUAUCCAGUGAAGUAACUAUGAUUCACCCCAUCACAGUGUCUCGUCUUCCCAUCUUGGAAUUCUUUUGCUUUUCAGAAAAAUGCACUUUUCACUAUUCACCUCCCAUUCUAAGGAGGUGAGAUGGACGGAAUAAAAGCGUUUCCUGCC